AUGAAGAGCCCCAGCAAGAAGAGCCGCAGCAAGUCGCGGGCAGCGCCGCAGCUGCAGCAGACAGCAGCAGCAGGCAGCAGCAGCAGCAGAUUCGGGACUCAAAUGCAGCAGCACACUGCAGCAAACUCCACUUGGCAGCAGCAGCAGCAAACACAAAAGCAAACACUGCAGCACCAGAUGAGAAACAAUUUGCUGCUGCUAGUGCUGCUGCUGGACUUACAAGGAAAAGGGCGGCAGCAGCAGCGCCUUGAGAAAAGAAGGAAAGAACAAACAGCAGCCGCAGACGGAGCUGACCUUGACAGCAAACCAGCCCUCGCUGUCUCCGCUCUGCAGCAGCAGCAGCAGCAGCAGCAGCAGGUGCAGCAGCAGCAGGUGCAGCAGCAGCAGGUGCAGCAGCAGCAGCAGCAAAGGCGACAGCGCGCAGCAGCCACGGGGGCACGUCCUGAGCGGCCAGCAGCAGGGGGCAAGCAGCAAGCCGCAGCAGCAAAAGCGGAGCUGCUGCAGCAGCUGCUGCCAGCAGCAGCAGCUUCAGCAGCAGCACCAAGUUCACGGAGCGCCGCGAGGUGUAGGCGCAGUACUGCAGCAGCUGAGGGGAAGCAGCAGCACAGAAACAGACCCGCAGCUCAGCAGCAGCAGCAGCACUGCAGCAGCAGCAUCCUGCAGCAGCAGCAGCACUGCAGAAGCAGCAGCAUCCCUGCAGCAGCAGCAUCCCUGCAACUGCAGCGCUGCAACUGCAGCAGCGCUGAAUCAUCAGCCCUGCAUCAGCAGCCCCGCAUCAGCAGCGCAGCAGCAGCAGCAGCAGCAGCGCAGCAGCAGCAGCAGCAGCACCCGUUUGGCUGCAGCGUCAGCAGCAAGCACUGCAGCAGUGAAGCUGCGCUCGCGCCUGUCGUCCUGCAGCAGCAGCAGCAGCAGCAGCAGCGGCAGCAGCGGCGGCGGCGGCUCGCUCGCGGGGCCUGGAGAUCUCGCAGCAGCAGCGCGCCAGCAGCAGCAGCAGCAGCAGCAGCUGCUGCAGCAGCAGCAGCAGCAGCAGCAGCAGCAGCAGCACACAGAGACACGCACGCCGCCGUAGGCCGCUGCCAGCUACGGAGACUCCCCACAAAAGAGGAGACAGACACUAACGGGGACUCUCAGUGA